CGUAACUCCGCCCCCACGUCACUGCAGGUGUCUGCCUCCUGCAAGAUGGCGUCCAGGACCCGUGUGCUGUGUGUUGCGGGGCUCCGAGCGGCGGCCAGGACUGGUGGGUUCUUACGGUCACCAGUAACACCCUCUGCAGUGCCCCGGCGCACAGCCAUCGCCACCGGUCACGGCGCGAUUCUCCCCAAACCGGAGAAGGUGAGCUUUGGGCUCCUGCGUGUGUUCACUGUCGUCAUUCCCUUCCUGUAUGUUGGGACCCUCAUCAGUAAGAACUUCGCCGCCCUGCUGGAGGAGCAUGACAUCUUUGUCCCAGAGGAUGAUGACGACGAUGAUUGAAGUAUUAAUAGUGACACUGAUGAGCACAGAGGGAGCUGCAGGGAUUUGCGCCUGAUCUGCUGCAUAUAUAGACUGAUUGUGUGUCAGUAACUGUGAUAAAGAGAUUAAUAAAGAUGUAAAUUAUA